AUCAGCGUGAGAUCUGGCAUGUGCCAUUUUAGAUACCGCGAAAACUUCGGAGUAGAAAAACAUUUCUUAAAAAUAUAUUCGAUUUUAAUAAAUUAAGAAGAGAAAAGAAAUAACCAUGACGACCAUGAUGUAUAUCCUGCCUUUGCUGUUAGGUAGAACUUUUGAUAUUAGAACGGACAAAGUAGGAGUCGAUAUCUUUCCAGAAGAAGUAAUUCGUAACCCAGAAAUACACCACCUUACUACCUUCCGAAGUGAUUUUAAAGUAAUUCGAGAGUUAAGAGAUAUCGCAAACUUGCUUAAAAUCGAGGGAGAACUGUCUUUAAAGGUGAAAGCUGGUUUUGCAAAACUCGGAGCCAGUGGAUCGUAUCUAAAAGAUCACGUCUUUCGCCAUGACGUAGUCGAAAUCUUGACUUUUGUAUAUUUUCAAACGGAGGAACAUAAAAUUCCCUCGAGUGUUUCUCCUAUUUCUAAGUUGAAUGAACUUUCACCCGAAGACGUAGGAACUCAUUACGUAAAGAGUAUCCUUUACGGAGGAGAGUUGGUAGCGUCUUUCAAAUUUCGUGCCAUAGACAAGAAGGACAUGGAGUCUAUUAAAGCCAGUGUCGACGGAGCUUUGGGUAGCGAAGAUUCUAUUAAUGUGGAAGUUGCGGGAAAAUUAGAUAAACUUCGGAAAGAUUUAGAAGGAGUAGCCAGUUUGGAAAUUUCUUAUUACGGUACGGUUCCAUUAGACGGAGUAGCUCUAACAUUAUCCGGAUACCGAGAUUUAAUUUCAAAGUUUAGAGAUCAAGUAAAAUCGAUUAAUAGCGGCCUGGGUGUUCCAAUAAAAGUACAAUUAGAAGAAGUAGCCACGUUGAACGAGAAAUUCAAGUUUGAGAAGAACAAAAUUUCGGUAAGCGAUUUAAAGAAGCUGGAAAUAUUAUUCGACGAUUUAACCGUUACGCAUAAAGCAAUAAGUGCUUGGUUAAAAGACGACGGAGUUUCGAUAACGAAGGAACAAGAGAACAGGAUAGACGGGUUAUUUAGAGAAAUUACAGUGAUACUAUAUGUAUUUUACGAAACAAUUGCGAAAUUAGACGAUAAAGACAGCCCGCAACAUAUUCUUAAAGCAUUUCGGGCAUACGGGAAUGGAAAAAUUAAAGGAAUACCCGGAAAAUAUAAGAAGGCCUGGGAAAGUAUGAAACAGGAAAUGAUCGUUCCCGAAACAUUAAAAGCCGAAAAAAUGACUUACGUCCACUGGGGAAAGAAGAAUUGCCAUAAUUUGAAUACUACGAGUUUAAUACAAGGUUACGCCGCAACAUCGACGGAUGAAACGUCGCCCGCCGAGAUUCUUUGUCUUCCCGAAGUUCCACAACUUUCCGAUAAAGCCGCGGACGGUACAGAAAACAAUAUUGCCGCGGUACGUUUCGGCACAGCCCGCCUAAAUCCGUUUAACGUCGAUAUAAAUUUUGAGAAUCCCGUCAGUUGCGCGGUCUGUUUGGGACUGGAAAGAAGCACCGUUGUCACUCUAGCUGGAAGAACGACGUGUCCCGACGGAUGGAAAAUAGAAUACCAAGGAUACUACGUAGCCGGAAGAGAAACGUCCGCUAAAUCACAAGCCAUUUGUGUCGAUAGGAAUCCCGAAGAUGCGCAUCCAGUCGAAGAUGCGGGAAAAUUUCUUUUGGCUGUGACAUUUAAUGAAAAAGUCAUUCCUUGCGUAUUAUGUUCUAAAUAACAAAUUUCAUAUAAAACGAAAAAAUAAUGUUUCGUCUGU